AGCAGAUCAUGGAGGAGGCCGUCACGCGUAAGUUUGUCCAUGAAGACAGCAGCCACAUCAUCUCCUUCUGUGCGGCCGUGGAGGCCUGCGUCCUGCACGGGCUGCGGCGGCGGGCAGCUGGCUUCCUGCGCAGCAACAAGAUCGCGGCUCUCUUCAUGAAGGUAGGCAAGAGCUUUCCGCCAGCAGAGGAGCUCAGCCGCAGGGUCCAGGACCUGGAGCAGCUGAUGGAGAGCACGAGAAACCAGAUGCAGGGCCUCCAGGAGAAUGUGCGGAAGCUGCCAAAGUUGCCCAACCUCUCUCCACUCGCCAUCAAGCACCUGUGGAUCCGCACCGCAUUGUUUGAGAAGGUCCUGGACAAAAUUGUGCAUUACCUUGUGGACAACAGCAGUAAAUACUAUGAGAAGGACGCCCUCUUGAUGGAUCCUGUGGACGGCCCCAUCCUGGCAUCUUUGCUGGUGGGGCCCUGUGCCCUGGAGUACACCAAGAUGAAGACGGCAGACCACUUCUGGACUGACCCCUCAGCCGAUGAGCUAGUCCAGAGGCACCGCAUCCACAGCUCACACCUGCGGCAGGACUCGCCCACCAAGCGUCCAGCCCUCUGUAUCCAGAAGAGGCAUUCGAGUGGCAGCAUGGAUGACCGGCCAUCCCUCUCUGCCCGAGACUAUGUGGAGUCCCUGCACCAGAACUCCCGGGCCACCCUGCUGUACGGCAAGAACAACGUUCUGGUCCAGCCGAGGGACGACAUGGAAGCUGUGCCGGGGUACCUGUCCCUGCACCAGACGGCUGACAUCAUGACCCUGAAGUGGACGCCCAACCAGCUGAUGAAUGGCUCUGUGGGGGACCUGGACUAUGAGAAGAGCGUCUACUGGGACUAUGCCAUGACCAUCCGCCUGGAGGAGAUUGUCUACCUGCACUGCCACCAGCAAGUGGACAGCGGCGGAACGGUGGUGUUGGUCAGCCAGGACGGGAUCCAGAGGCCACCCUUCCACUUCCCCAAGGGUGGGCACCUCCUGCAGUUCCUCUCAUGCCUGGAGAAUGGGCUGCUGCCCCAUGGGCAGCUGGAUCCACCACUGUGGUCCCAGCGGGGGAAGGGCAAAGUGUUUCCAAAACUGCGCAAGCGAAGCCCUCAGGGUUCUGCUGAGUCCACGUCCUCAGACAAGGAAGAUGACGAGGCCACGGAUUACGUGUUCAGGAUCAUCUACCCUGGCAUGCAGUCAGAAUUGGUUGGCCCCGACCUCUUGGGCAGCACUUCCCCCGUCUCCCUGGGCCCUGCCUGGACGAUGGUUCCCGCAGGCCAGUCCAUGCUGGUGGUAGCCAGGGGAAGUCAUUGGGCACAAGCCAGAUGGAACGCCAUCCUCCCCACACCAAGCCUGAAAGAACAGCUUCCCAUCCCCCAGGAUCUGAUGGAUGUCUCUGUGAGCAACCUCCCAUCCCUGUGGCAACCCAGCCCCCGGAAAUCCUCCUGCUCAUCUUGUUCACAGGGUGGCUCGGCCGAUGGUGGCCCAAGCAAUGGCUGCAACCACGAGAGGGCUCCCCUGAAACUUCUCUGUGACAAUAUGAAGUACCAGAUCCUCUCCAGGGCCUUCUAUGGAUGGCUUGCCUACUGCAGACACCUGUCCACCGUGAGAACCCACCUGUCAGCACUGGUCAAUCACAUGAUCGUGUCCCCGGACUUGCCCUGCCAUGCUGGACAGGGGCUGACAGCUGGAAUCUGGGAGAAGUACCUUCAGGAUAGCACAAGUUACGAGGAGCAGGAGCUUCUGCGCCUCAUCUACUACGGGGGCAUCCAGUCAGAGAUCCGUAAGGCCGUGUGGCCCUUCCUCCUGGGUCACUACCAGUUUGGGAUGACGGAAACAGAAAGAAAGGAGGUGGAUGAGCAGAUUCAUGCCUGCUAUGCACAGACCAUGGCCGAAUGGCUGGGCUGCGAGGCGAUCGUGCGGCAGAGGGAGCGGGAGUCCCAUGCGGCAGCCCUGGCCAAAUGCUCCUCGGGGGCCAGCCUGGACAGCCACCUGCACCGGAUGAUGCACAGGGACUCCACCAUCAGCAAUGAGUCCUCCCAGAGCUGCAGUUCGGGCCACCAGAACAUCCGCCUGCACAGCGACUCCAGCAGCAGUACACAGGUGUUUGAGUCUGUGGAUGAGGUGGAGCAGGUGGAAGCUGAAGGCAGGUUGGAGGAGAAACAGCCCAAGAUCCCCAAUGGGAACCUGGUGAACGGCACUUGUUCCCCAGACUCUGGCCAUCCUUCCUCCCAUAACUUCUCCUCGGGUCUCUCAGAGCACUCAGAGCCCAGUCUGAGCACAGAAGACAGUGUCUUGGAUGCCCAACGGAACGCCCCCCAAGUGCUGCAGCCUGAUGACGGCAGCCUAGAUGACAGGCAGAGCAGUCAGGCCACCACUUCUCAGGAUGAGGCCCCCCGUGAGGAGCUGGCUGUGCAGGACAGCCUGGAGAGUGACCUCCUUGCCAACGAGAGCCUGGAUGAGUUCAUGUCCACCACUGGCAGCAUGGAUGUAACCCUGCCUGAAAAGGAUGCCAUCACAAAGGAGGGCUGGCGGGGCAGCGAGGCGGAGAAAUGUGGCCAGGUGGACAGUGAGGACAACCUCUCAGAGGAACCUGAGAUGGAAAGUCUCUUCCCCGCCCUGGCUUCUCUGGCUGUAAUGACUUCUGCCAACAACGAGGUGUCCCCUGUCUCCUCCAGCGGUGUCACCUACUCUCCCGAGCUUCUGGACCUGUACACAGUGAACUUGCACCGCAUCGAGAAAGACGUGCAGCGGUGCGACCGCAACUACUGGUACUUCACACCUGCCAACUUGGAGAAACUGCGCAACAUCAUGUGCAGCUAUAUCUGGCAGCACAUUGAAAUCGGCUAUGUCCAGGGCAUGUGUGACCUUCUGGCUCCACUACUGGUCAUUCUGGAUGAUGAGGCCCUUGCCUUCAGUUGCUUCACGGAGCUCAUGAAGAGGAUGAACCAGAACUUCCCCCAUGGAGGUGCCAUGGACACACACUUUGCAAACAUGAGGUCACUGAUCCAGAUCCUGGACUCAGAGCUGUUUGAGCUGAUGCAUCAGAACGGAGACUACACUCACUUCUACUUCUGCUACCGCUGGUUCCUGCUGGAUUUCAAGCGAGAACUCGUCUACGAUGAUGUCUUCUCAGUCUGGGAGACCAUCUGGGCUGCCAAGCAUGUCUCAUCCGCCCACUAUGUCCUGUUCAUCGCUCUGGCUCUGGUGGAAGUCUACCGAGACAUCAUUUUGGAGAACAACAUGGAUUUCACAGACAUCAUCAAGUUCUUCAAUGAAAUGGCCGAGAGACACAACGCCAAGCAAGUCCUGAAGCUGGCCCGGGACCUCGUGUACAAGGUGCAGACGCUAAUUGAGAACAAGUGAGGGGUGCUUCACCCAGGUGGCCUCAGCAGAGCUGCCCCCUCCUUGCUCCUCUGUCCACUUUUCCUCCUGGACGGAGGGCCACGCCAGGAACAGGGUCCAGACGUCUGUUUACGAGCAUGACUUCUGUGUGAAGAGAAACUGCCUUGGCUUUGGCCACUGAGUGGGUAGAGUGGAGGGGGUGCCCCUUCAGCUCAGCCUUACAUUUUCCUAUUUGACCAAAGAUUGCCCAAGUCUGGCAUUUCUCCCUGGCAGGAGUUGGAGGUUGGUGGUGGAUGAAGGAAACAUAUAAUUCCUAGUUUCCAGAAUGGUCUCCCCUUCUUUCCCUAUCCCUCCAAACUGUCUUGUCAGAUGAGACUUGGGGAAGGAAUUUUUUUGGGAAACUGGUCUAGGUGUGUGGCGCUACCCCUAUACUCUGAAAAGGGCCUUUGGAUAUAUUCCAGAACAUGGCUGGAAGAUAGACUCAGCAGCAUCUCUCCCCUCAGCGCUACUGACAUUUGGGGCCAGGCUAUUCUUGUGAAGGGGACUGUUCUGUGCAUUGUAGGAUGUUGAGGAACAUCCUGGUGUCUACUCAGUAGAUGACAGGAGCAUCAUCCUCCACCCUCAGUUGUGACAACCCAACAGAAUGUCUCCAGACAUUGCCAGAUGUCCCCUGCGGGGCAAAACUGCCCACAUUUGAGAACUACUAGCUUAAAGGAGGGACUUCAAAUGCACCGCCUGACCCACUGUCUAUACUAAGCCACCCUGUGUCCCUAGACCUCCC